UUUGACAAAGCUGGACUACAUUCGGGACGCUUACAACAACAUCACUGUCAUCGGCUAGUUUUAUGUUGUUUAUUUUUCCAUUGGAAGGCUUUUAUUUGACGUUUUGCAUAGUUUAAAAAUCCCGAAUAUAUUAUAUUAACUGUUAGGCUGCUAUGUUGCUCCCUUCAGAUGUGGCUCGGCUUGUUUUAGGAUACCUUCAGGAAGAGGGGCUGUCAGCAACCAGCCAAGCUUUUAUUCACGAGAGCCCAAAUCUGAAAGAGUAUGCCGAGCACACUAUAGGAGAUGGAACAGUUCCUGCAUGCGUUUUUUCGAUUUUUGGAAAAGGUCUAACAACUAUUUUAAACGAGUAUGUAGCUGCCAAAGCGAAAGAGUCCUCUCAUGAAGUGCCUCUUGUGAUGACCUCAUUAUGGAAAAAGCUGGACUUUACUCUCAACCAGAUAAAGUCAUUGCAGAAUUCUCCUGCCAUAUCAGCAAGUCAAAGAACGCGGUCACGCAUUGGAGUGGCCAACAUGGCGAGGCAGCGAGCCUUAACUGCCGGUUCCGUCAGUGGGAUCAUUUGUUCUUCAGCCGCUGAGACGAGCUCCAUGGUCAGCCCUGCGCACACCUCCCACACCAUGCUCGGCCACUCCACUCCAGUGUGCAUCACAGGCCCGCACGUCAGACAAGUACCUAACGGCGUCACGCAGCAGCAUCAAGUUCCAGAUAUCAGCCGAAUAAUGAAUACACCCAGGGAUUCUCCUGUGCAAGUUAUCAUUUCAGAGAACCGGUUAACUUCAGGUCCAAUGUCUCCUGGUCGACGGAAAUGGGAUACUCCCAGGAAGAGAGGUGGCGGUCCUGGUGGGUCCAGUGGACCUAAUAGGUCUGCUCCUCCUCCUGUUGGAAGCGUCAGUACUGAACCCCAACCUGAAGAAGCCGUUGAUGAGAACUUUCCUGUGAGUCAACUUGUGAUACAAAAUGCUCGUGACAAAAUCCUGGGGGACAGGUCACUACAAGAGAAGCUUGCUGAAAACAUCAACAAAAUUCUUGCAAAUGAGCCGGUACCACAAACAUCAAAGGCCUCUGUUGGCACCGUGGAGGCAGAUCAGUCAAUAGAUGAAAUUCUGGGUUUGCAGGGGGAAAUCCACAUGAGUGAUGAUGCCAUCCAUGACAUUUUGGAGCAAACAGAAUCCGACCCGGCUUUUCAGGCUCUUUUUGACCUUUUCGAUUACAAUAAAACAAGAUUCCCAGAUGGAGAGAUGGGAGACGUAGAUGUCAGCAGUAGUCCAGAAGAAAUGGACAGUACAGGACCUUCAUCUAUGGUCCGAGUCCUUCAGAACAAUGAUCCAGAUCCUGUGCAGCAACUGCAAGAAAAUCCUCCGGUUGCACCACCAGUAACCCUGAAGACGAAAGCCGUACAGGAGCGUAAAACCAGGAAGUCCACUGCUUCCGUCUUAUUGAAGAAAACAGUCAUCGACUCCAGCGGAAGGUCAUCCAGGAUUGAAAACAGCUCAGCCAGGCUGUUGGUGAGUCAUGGUGAGCACAGAGGAUCCUCGUCUGCCACGGUGGAUCCCAAGAGAAAAGAAAAACCCUCGCACCAAAACAUCAAUGGUGGUGAUGUAUCCAUGGAGAUCUCCGAGCCCACACCAUCCCCGUCCUUGUCCGGUGUGGCCUCUGGGGUUCACUCAGAGGAAAACGUCUCCUCUUCCUCAGGCUGCAUUAGCAAUUCAGUCUCUUCAUCAAAAGACUCUGCCGUGCCAGAAGAGACGCCGGGUCUAAAUGUGGACAAGAAUCAAACUCGGGGAUCUAAUGAAAAGAAUUCCCCUCCAUUUUUAGCUGUAAAUGAGCAGCUUGCUUUAGCGUCUCCUUUGGGAGUUCAGGAGAACAGCUCUCAAAGUUCAAGUCUUCAGUCUUCUGUGUCUGUUUUAGGCAUUGGAAGUGAAGCUUUGCCAGAAUCUACUGUCUCAGUAAUGUCUUUCUCUACCAGUUGUACUGUUACGAGUGCCUCCACCUCUUUAGUGUCCAUUCCCGUGUCUGGAUCAGCUACAUCUGCCUCAGCAUCUGUACCCCCUGCACCCCCCUCGAGCACGCUGUCCUCACCCGGAUGUUAUCCAGCUGCCAACCCCACAACCCCCAUCAAAGCCCCUGGAGAUUCUAGCAACGUGAUGUCCUUGAAGAUCAUCAUAAGCGAUAACCAAGAUGAGGAUUCUUCCAUGGAUACCACCUUAAAUCGAGCCAUUUCAGGAAUCUCUGUGGACAAGAUUCCCACUAUCUACCUUUCCUCUCAAGCUAAGUCACCUGGAGGGCCUGGAACUCCAAAGGUAAACUUUGACGAGGCAGCACAGGCAGUUCGUGGCUUGCAGAGCUCGGAAGCAUUUGGUAGUCCAGCCAGGUGUCGAGCUGGAGCGAUCGCCACGUCUCUAUGUAGUGGAACGCCACAGCCCCAAAGAUAUUUAAUCCAGUUACCCGUGGAUCCAGCGAAACCUGCCGUCCAGGAGUCUCCUGCCAGCUAUUUCCUUGUGACUCCAACACCAGAUGUGCAAGCGAAGCAGGUGCCGCUUCCUUCCGGUGUCUUAGGACAGCCUUUGACGUCCAGUCCGUUUGGGGUGACCACACCAGGACAAACGCAGAGCUUCUCCCCAGGGUCUACACUCAUCUUGCCGUCAGUGGUAAACCCCGUGGUUCUCCCCGUUUCUGUUGUGGGCCAGAACACCUUGGGAAAGGUCCAGCUGGUGUCCAACCAGCUUGUUGACGUACCAAAUCCCAUCGCGGUUCAACCAAUGGAAACGGUGAAGCCUGUGACGGUGGCGGCCAAACCGCCUCCAACUCCCAACAUGUCAGAUAAAAGCCAGGCUGCUGAAAUGGUUCAGCCUGAAACCACAGACCAGCUUGAUGCAGCAAAGGGUCCAAGUCAUAAACGAAUAUUAUGUUUUGAAUCUUCUUCUUCUUCGAAAACUCUACCAUGCAACGCUAAAACUACUGACACCACCAACUCCAAAGCUCCAAAUCCAUCUGGAUCAAAAUCUAUUCCACCCCCCAGUAAAGACAAGAGACAACCAGCCACCAGAACCAAACCCAAUAUUUUGGGUGGGAACAAACCCAAGAGGAGGAUAGAGCCUAUCAGAUGCUCAGGGGGGGCUCUAGCUGAAGUUUCCUCAUUAAAAGAUACGGUUCCUGUUCUAAAACAGCAAAAGGAGUCUUUAAAGAAUACUUCUUCUAACAGCCAGGAAGUUCAGAAUUCAGAAACUGAAGCUGCGAAAAAGUCAGAAUUAGGAGAAACGUCACAAUCUAGUGACAAGAGUGUUGCAUCUGCCGAAGAAACAAAAGCAAAAAACUCUCGGAGUUUGAGGUCACUAUCAUCAGAUGUAUCGGGAAGCAGAAAGGAUAAAGAGGACGGCAGGAAAGAGGCAGCAGGGAAAUCACGUGAAGGUCGAACCGAGAAGAGAACUCCGUCCCAAGAGGCGCCAAACGUCACAGCCAACAAGGAAAAUGAAAUGAAGCAGCAGCAGGUGACGACGUCUUCUUCCUCAGAGUCAAGAGACUUCAGCCCUCCGGCCGUCUCCCAGCUGACGCCGAACCCGCAACCCAAGGCUGCAAAGGCUCCAUCAAAGACCAGCUCUUUGGCCAAGCAGGCCGCGGAGAUGCUGCAAGACAUUCAAGGACAGAAGAGCUCAACCACCCCUACUAAAAAACCUGGAACUGGCAGCUCCAAUCCAAGUGUGAAUAGCCGCGAGACACCAGCCAACAGUCCCAGGACUCCCUCCCACCCUAAAAAGGGUAAAGACCUAGAAGGGACCCCCAAGCAUCAGUUAACUCCCAACACCCCUGACGUUCCCACCUGCAGCCCUGCCAGCGAAGCCGGCAGUGAGAACAGCAUCAACAUGGCGGCACACACGCUCAUGAUUCUGUCCCGCGCCGCCAUCGCCAGGACCGGAACCCCCCUGAAGGACAGCCUGCGCCAGGACGAGGCUGGACAGAAGUCCCCUGCAAGUACAAAGACUAAGAAACGCAAAGCACCUUCUCCAACGGAAACCCCUCCUUCAAAGAGGGAGCUGAAACAAUCCCCCAGUAAAAAGAAAGACAGGGAAAGGAAAAAACUCACUGACUGCUUUCCCCAUGAUCUGGAUGUGGACAAGUUUUUGUCUUCUCUUCAUUAUGAUGAAUGAAAAACCGGAAGGACACCAGAAACCUGCAAAACCACAACUUGUUGAAGUUGCAGUUCAGGAAUACACUCAAACCACAGUAUAGCCUGUGUCUGUUCUUCUCAGAUUUUAGGUUCCUGACACCAAAUGACUUAUGUCAUGCUCUGCCACGCUGAGACUUCAAAAUGACUGUUUUCAUGUGUUAAUGAUGUCAGGCCGUUAACUCUUUAAAUGCACCAUUAAACUGUUCUAUCAGUGUGUGGUUUUUUUUCAGGCAUACAUCAGUUAGACGCUGUAAAAUCCAGAUCUUGCAACAAUAUAUCUUCAAUGAUCUGCCAUCAUUCAUCCAUCUUUUAAAAACAUAACAAAUUAUCAUUAUAAAACAAAAAAUAAUAAAAUCUGAGUGUUUUUUUGGAUGUAUGCAGCAGUAGCUGGUGUAUGUUUU